AUGGCUGGCCUGGCCUUACCCACUCAGGAAGCAAUCUUGGAGCGGGCUGGCAGCAUUCAAAAGGCCAACCCAAUGAUCAGGCGCCUAUCUGAGGAUCGUCCUCUAGACGCGCGCAAGCUUGGUCACAACAGGUCAGGAGUGGAAGCACGAAACAGGCUUCCACCGGGCACUAAACCAGACGACCCCAAACUCAUGACCAAGCCGAUUGUGGUCAUAUCUCCCUGUGCUCCCGAAAGCAGGCCGACGAAACCAGCUGGUUCUCCGGACAGCAUGAGACGAAAGCCGGAGGGUCUCCAAAAUCCAGGUGUUCAAAUAGUCUGGGAAGAAGACCUUGUCGAUCUGGAAUAUGCAGACGACAUCGUUCUCAUGUUCGAGGAGGAGGAAAAGGCGCAAGUAUUCUUGGAUGAACUGACCAAAGUCAUCCCGUCCUUUGGCAUGCACUUUGCACUUACAAAGUGUAGGGUCAUGCUCCUGGUGGUGCAGCCACUGAACAGGCCACUUACAAUCCAGGGAGAGGUACUGGAAGUUGUGGAGCGUUUUACGUAUCUUGGAAGUUGUAUUAGUUCUGAUUGUAGUGUGAUGGAUGAGGUCGAUGCACGAAUCUGCAAGGCUCGGGCCGCGUUUGCUAAUUUGAGACACCUAUGGCGUCAAAGUGGUGCAUCCCUGAAUACCAGGGGACGCACCUGUUCUUGGCUCAACGUUGUAACCUCCUAA